AUGGCCCUCAUCGACCGGGUCCCAGGCGACCUCAACCUCUACAUUGGCGGGAUGUUCACCCUGCGCCGUCGUGAAGCACUGCAACAGGCCAACAUCACCCAUGUCCUAUCAGUCCUGCGCACGCCGCUUGACUCGAGUUUGUUCAGCCCGUUCAAACACAUGGUCGUAGAGGUCGACGACGUCGAAGAUGAAAAUCUUCUGGAGCAUUUUCCGUCCACCAACCAAUUCAUCCAAGAAGGCUUAGACGGAGGUGGCGGAGUGCUGGUUCAUUGUGCCAUGGGCAAAUCGCGAUCGGCUACAUGUGUAAUCGCGUACAUGAUGCAGAAACACAACAUCAGCGCAACCGACGCCCUCACCCAGAUUAGGCAAGCACGUUCCAUAUGUGAGCCAAACGAAGGCUUCAUGAAGCAAUUGGAGCUGUAUGGAGACAUGAUGACGCCUGAAAACGUCGAAGAGUCGCCUGCUUACCAGCGUUGGGUAUACCAACGAGAGAUUCAGCUGAGCAGUGCCUGCGGACAGGCUCCUGAAGCAGACAAGAUCCGCUUCGAAGACGAACAUCGCACUGAGCAAACCUCUGAAUUCGAAUUGAGAUGCCGCAAAUGCAGGCGUCCCCUUGCGACUUCACAAUAUCUCAACUCUCAUGCAAACACUGCUGCAAUGAACGGUGAAGAGAGCAACAAAGGACAAUCUGACCCUUCUCCGCGGGAUUGCGCUCACUACUUUGUUGAUCCGCUAUCAUGGAUGCGACCCGAGCUUGAGCAAGGUAAACUGGACGGACGCCUCGAAUGCCCCAAGUGCCAUAACAACGUUGGCAAGUAUGCCUGGCAAGGAAUGCAGUGCAGCUGUGGUGAAUGGGUAGUUCCAGGCAUCAGUCUUGCCAAAAGUCGCAUUGAUGAAGUUCGCCAAUCCGUGUUUGGCAUUCGACGGCCACCAGGCAUGCCAAGCCCCAAGCCCACCAUAGGGUUGUCGAGGCAGAAUCUAUGA